CCCUUGUGUGCAAUAAUAAAAAUAAAGGGAAUAUUAAACGUAACAUGCCUGUUUGUUUCAGUGUUUUCUGGCGGCGAGGCGGCCUCCCAUGCAGUUAAAAGAUUUACUGGAUUAUACACGGGGCCAUACUUUGAUCCCACAACAACAACAAAUAUAACAACGCAAUUGGGAACGCACGCUUACCUACCGUGCAAAGUGAAGCAGCUCGGCAACAAAUCCGUUUCGUGGAUAAGAAGGAGGGAUGCACACAUAUUGACAGUGGACAGAUACACGUUCAUCGCAGACGAGAGAUUCCAGGCGUUUUUGGUGGAGGCUACCGACACGUGGACAUUGCAAGUUAAAUACGUCCAGGCCAGAGACGCCGGUCAAUACGAAUGUCAAGUCAGCACCGAACCGAAAAUGAGCCACUUUAUUACCCUGAACGUUGUCGUACCGAAAAUCGAAAUACCCGGAGAAACCGACAGAUUCGUCAAAACCGGCAGCCCUGUUCAGCUCAAGUGCGUCAUCACCCAGUCUUUGGAAGAGCCGGCCUACAUUUUCUGGUACCACGACGGCGAGAGGGUACUCAAAUACGACGUAAGCGCCAUCGACAUACGCAUGGAGAGAGAGGGAAGCGACACCACUGUCAGCACCUUGAUUAUCUAUCACACCAGACCUGAGGAUUCCGGAAACUACACCUGCAGCCCAUCCAACCUCGAUUCGGCCAGCGUACUCUUACAUGUUCUUAACGGUGAGCACCCAGCAGCAAUGCAACGUGGAAAAAAUUCGGCUUCGCCCAUACCGGCUUGGUCCCACCUUUCUGUGGGCCUUGGAUUGGCCGCCUGCACCCCGCCAAGAUUCGCUAUCGCCGUCGCAUUGACAUUAGCUGCUCUCGCAGAACUGCUCGUCACAUAA